AUGGGAAAUACUCAGUCAGUGCCAAAACAUAACUUCUACCUCACAAAAGUAUCAAACACUGACCUACCGCUGGUUCCCUUUAUACACACAAUUGUUGGCUACAAUGCCACUCCUGUCAAGGACACAGAUCCUCUUGUGCUCAGAGAGAUUCUAAACACCCAGGAUUUGUGCCUUGAAGUAUUUGAUAUUUUACUUAAUAGGCGGUUCAAGGUAACAAUACCCAAGUUUGGUGAUAGUACAGAGAAGCUGGGAAUAAACGUCAUUAAAUUAAAGAGCAUACCCACUCUUUUGAAGAUACAGAUUAUAUCAGUGAAGGAGUCAUCAAACACACUCCUUAAAACAGGUGACUGUAUUGUUGGCAUUGAAAAUUCCCAUGUUGAGAGUGAAGACGAGUUAUUCUAUGAAAUCAAAUCAACUAGGAAGAUAGGACUGGUAGUUCUGCGAGGCAAUAAGGGAUAUGUCGUGGAAUGUGAAGGUACAGAGCUAGGAUGCGAGAUAGGAUGUGGACUAUUAUAUUCAAUACCUGAAAGGGAGUAUUUUAUGAGUGAGUAUACAGGAAGGAUAAAGAAGGAGGUUGAAGAGUCAAGCACUGUUUCAAGCCAAGGUGAACAAGUCAACUCAGAUAUUGUGGGAAUAACAAAUGUUGAAAAUCAGGAUCAAAAGACCAGUUCAGGUAGUGCCAGUAUCCAAGUUGGCAGCGACGUAGAUGAUCAAAAAAUGGAUUCAAAUAACAACAUUCUGCUAGAAAAGGAAUUUACUAAUAAUUUUAAUAGUUCAAACAUGUAUUUCAUAUCUCAAUCUGUGAAAGACUCGAUAAAAGAGGCUAUUAUUGAGAACAGCGAUAAUUUGAAUACAGUUGUUUCACUGGGAAGUACAGCCAUAACCCAGGAUCAUCUACCGGCGAUGAAAUCUGUCGGAUCUCUGUGCGAGCAAAAAGAAAUGGCCACAACGGGCACUUUCAAUAUGAGUGAAAUAGGAAAGUCGAUUGAGGAUAUAGAGAACAGCACAGCAGACGACAAUACUAAUGCAAAAAGCCGUCCUGAAAAUGACAGAUCUCAUCCACAGAUACCUGAAAGGCUUGCAGAAGGCGCGCCUGGUAAACAUCCGUUCAACGUCGUACACAGUGAUAAAACAGCCAGCUACGUUUACAGGUCCCCACGCAAUAAUAUCAAGAACCAGAGCAUCCACUCCGCCGUGCCUAUCAACCAGGUAAAUGCCAGCCGUAUUUACGACGAGGCAGAAGUCCCUAGUGAAAACCAAUACUUCCAGGGCCAGCAUACAAAAAAUGACGACGAGCAUGCCAAUGUCGUUAGUUCAAGUGUGGUCUGUAAGGAAAAUUAUAUCUUCAAGGACGGAGAGAUGAAAAUGAAAGAUGACGUUUUUGAAGAGAGAAGGCAUGAUGAAAAUGCUAAAAAGAACUGGAAAGACAUUUUUGAAGAGGAUGAUGAAAGCUUGCCUUUUGAUGAAAAGAGAAAGGAUGUUGCUAAUAGUAUUAAGGAUUUGUAG